CACUAAAGCCUGAAAUAUCGAGUUUUAAUUUCAGUUUUCUCAUUCUUCGUUGAACACCAUCGCCCGCAACAAACACAAAUAGAAACCAUUCUUCACUUAGGUUAGUUUUUCCCAUAACCUUCAUUGCCAUCUUUUUGCAACUUUUUUGAACCAAUCGCUCAUAAACUGUUUUUCAUUUUUAGGUAUUUUUCAGAUAGGAGGAUAAAUUUGUAAAUUAAUUAAAGUUUUUGAGCCCGUUGAUAUUGAGAAACGGUUGCAGAUAUGACGUUAGGGUUUGAGAGUUAUAGUUUUGGUCGAGCACUGAGUAGAAAGAGGAUUGUAGUUUCCAACAAUGCUGAAGAUUCUUCUGUUCAAAUUGAAUCUGAUCCUGUGAUUGCUCCAUUGAAGAGAAUGUGUAGCGAUAAAUUCACUUUCAAUUGUGAAAGGUCUCGCCUUGAAGCCCUUCCUCAGGAUCUUCUUGUUAGGGUUUUGUGUGGUGUGGAUCACGAUGAUUUGAAACAGCUUUUUAAUGUCUCUACAACAAUUAGAGAAGCAAGUGAGAUUGCUAAGCAGAUGCAUUUUGAGUUCAACACACCAAAGAAAAGCACUAUUGCUGUUCGUUCACCAUUUGAGAUUGAAAAUGGAUUUGAUGAUAUCGAAGCUCCAAACGCGCCAUUGUUGUUGAGGAAAUCUAAGCCAAGGUUGAAUGCCAAGAGUCUUGCUGGCAUCUCAGUAGCUUUGUUUCAUUGAUUUGAGUUAAACCAAAGAGGAGAAGCAGCAAAUGAUGAUGUUGGAACAGUUUUGUUUCUCUUGUUUUUGGUUUUGUUAAGUAAAUAGAUUUCUCCUGUUGUUCUUGUAUAUUGAUACAUUAGAGAAAGGGCUUCUUAGAAGGAUCAGGAUCUUCAAAUCUUUCAUUGAAGAUUGAUUUUGCUUGGUUGUAAUCUUUUCUGUACAUCUAUAGGCAGAAUAGAAUGUGACAGGGAUUCUAGUGAAUUUUGUUUGAAGGGAUAUUAUAGGCUUAGGCCCUUCUAAUCUGAUAAAUUUGAGUGUGUACAGAUACCAAUUGCAUACUCUUUUGCUUUCAUCAUAAUAAUAAAAUAAAAUGAUUAAUGUUUUGUUUC